AUGGCUAAAGCACGCAAUCAAUCCGUGCGGUCGCGCGCCGCGAGACGACAAGCCUCGCCGAGCCUCGACGUCGAUAAAUCGCUGAAAUCACUGCCGCGGGCUGAGGACACCCCCGUGUCGAGGGAGUCUGUGCUCACGGACCGGCGGAACUCGGGCAUCAUGAAGAAGCAGAAGGGAAAGCCUUUGACGAGGGCGCAGAAGCAGAGGCAGAUGAAGGGGGUGGAGCGCGCGGAGGCUGUCAUAGAUCAGAUGGAGAUUAAGGUGUCGAGGAGUUCCACUCGGGCGAAGAACAUCAAGGCGCGGAGCGCCGAUUGGGAGGAGUUGAACAAGAAGUCUAAAGGGAGCAUUUUCCAGGCUCUUAACGAUGCUGAGGGUGAUGGUGAGGGUGAGGGUGAUGCUAUGGUCGACGAUUCUGGCGCUCCUGCUCCUGCGGCGACCGACGCGCCGGCCAAACCUGCAGCGGAGCCUGUGUUUGCGACGCAGAACCCAGUGGUGGCCGACCAUGCCGAUAACGACGAAGACGAAGAGAUUACGUGA